AUGCCCUCUGACCGCAAGCCUCUUGUUCUCACCACAGGGGGGGCUGGUUUCGUCGGGAGCCAUACAAUUGUCGAGCUGCUGAAUGCUGGCUAUGAUACUGUAAUUCUUGACAAUUUUUGUAAUGCCAGUAGAGGCUGCAUCCCUAACCUUGAAAAGGUUUGCGGCCAGAAACUGAAGGUUCGUGACAUAAACCUUCUUGACAAGGAUGCACUUACUGCUCUCUUCAAAGAGUUCAAGUUUGACUACGUGAUUCACUUUGCUGCCCUCAAAGCUGUCGGUGAGUCGGUCGCGAUUCCUCUCUCGUACUACCAAAACAAUGUU